AACAUUUAUUAGGGGCGUUUUUAUCACAGGCGGCCACCACAAACCGCCACUAUAGAUUGAAAUCAGGGGCGUUUUUACAUGGGCGCCAGUGUACAAAACGCGCCACUGCUGCUGAUUUGAUUUUAAAUGAAAAAAGAAUUCCAAAAGUCCCAAAUCCAAAACGCGCGCCCCCCAAAUUCAUCGCGCCUCUUCUCCCACCUAUUUUCUCCUAAAACCCUUUUCCGCUCCUCUCCUCCGAAAUCCCAAAUCCCGACCGAAACUCUCUCUCUCUCUCCAACGUAUCUCGAUAUCCAUUUUCCACUCCAGCCUCUCUUGAUCUGGCUUCCAUUUCCGUUGGUGGUUGAAGACGUUGAUCUCUCGACCAUUGCCGUCCUUCUUGCCGGAACACGCCAGAGUCUGUAAGGCCCGCAAGAGGAAGUGCUGAGGAUCUGAAACCUCCUCUCCUACGCUUCAUAGUAGUUCUCUCCGUUUGCUUCCAUGGCGGAAGAUGAAGCUCCAUCACCACCUCCUCCUUAAACCCUAGAAAAUCCCAUUGCCGAAUCUCAAAAGUUAGGCAAUGAAAUCGAGGAGACGUCGCCCUCCAAGAAGAAGAGAAAGAAAUCCGAACCAGAUCAAGCAGACCCAGAAAACCGAAGACUCCAAUCCAGGAAACCCUAAGAAACUUAAGACGGAAGGUCAAUGACGAAGAUGGCAUGAGAGAGAGAGAGAGAGUGGGGUGGGUUUGGGAGGGUGGGUGUUGUUGAUGUAUCUCAUUUUGAGUUGAAUUCUUGUUGUUUAAUGCUGCUGGCAUUUUCGAAUUGGUUGGAGGUGGUCCAAAAAGAAACAUGGCGGAUUAUGGUCCAAAAAAAAAAAGAAAAGAAAAAGAAAAAGACGGAAGUAUCCUCUUCCGAAGUUGAUGAUUCCAACGGUCUGCUGCCUCUGCAGAGAAUGGAAAACAGGCUCGUACUCCACUCUCUGGAGGCACUCGAUAUUGGAAAAUGGCAUGCUGCAGGUGGAAGAUGCAGUUUCUCGUGUUGCUGAGGGAAUUCCAAGCGCAGUCCAGGAAUUAGAUUUUUCAUCCCUCCAUUCUCAGUUAGGUCCUUUAGCUGCAGUGGAACGCACUGUUACUUACAAUGAGCACAGGCCGAGAAAACCUCCCCCGGAUUUGCUAUCUCUACUUUUACAUGGACAGAUAGUUUACAUUGGCAUUACUGAAGAGGAAAUUAAAGAUAAGCAGGAAAAAAUCGAACAAGUUGAGAAUCAUCUAAUGAGUUUGCGUUUGGAACUGAAGGUGGAUUAUAUCUGAUGGAAAUUGAUAGGGUUCUGCGGCCUGGUGCCUAUUGGGUUUUGUUUGGCCCGCCCAUUAAUUGGAGAAACAACUACAAAGGUUGGCUGAGACAGACUAAAGACUUGGAACAAGAGCAGGCCAGCAUAGAGGAUCUGGCAAGGCGGCUGUGCUGGAAGAAAAUUGCAGAGAGGGGCCCAUUUGCAGUCUGGCAAAAGCCUACGAAUCAUAUUCAUUGUAUUCGGAAAUCAAAGAUUCUGGCAUCUCCUCCCUUCUGCACAGCAACUGAUCCCGAUGCUGCUUGGUGAGUUCACUCUUUCAAUUUUCACUGUUGAUUUCUUCCUUCUCCUGUCAUUUCAAAAUACAAAGGCACCCAUUAGUGUUAUAAUAUUGCCAACCCACCUCUAUUAUUUGAAAUUCACCAAAUUCUCUCGAUGUGUUGAAAACUUUGUUGAAUGCUCCUUAUGUUGAAACUAAGUGAGACAUGAGAAGUUUAAAGUAGCUCCAGAUGAAUUGAAUAGCAAGGUUCCAAUGCAUUAGGUUGUGUGAAUCUUUUCUUUUCCUUCUCUUUCUUUUUCUCUCUUUUUCCCUAUUUCUUUUUAGUUAUAGGCAUCACACAAAGCUGGAUACUCCAACUGGUUAGAAGUAUACUGGAUAUUAGAUGCAUCAUAAACCUAUUGUUUUGAAA